UGCCCGGACACUGUUCGCAGUAAACUCAAUAUAAAACGCUCAGGAGGAUGGUCCUCCAUGUCAAUCCGCAACGGACUUGCAGACAACGUGAGCUAAGUAAACACAUUGUAUAAAACACUAUGGAUCGCCACCAAAUAGUGGUGUUCCUAGCUUUAUUGGCCAACGUCGCUCUCGUUUGGUCAAAGGCAGUCGACUUGCCACAACAGCAAGUCGCCUUCCCAAAAGACGGAGAUGUUAAUAUCCGUGAAAAGAAGUCACUCAGCAAUUACGAACAAUCUGGUCUGCAGCAACCGAAUCAACUACAAGCACAAAAACGCAUUGGUGUGCCCGACAUCAGCUAUGGUAAUGGGGACGACCAUCAUCAUCAUCAUGAAGAACAUCAUCAUCACGAAGAAAAACUUAAAGGCUACUGGAAGAAGAAACUUAUCUGGAAACCCGAUUGGGUAAAAACAUGGAAACCAGGAAAGAAACAAAUCUGGAAGCCUUCGUGGAAAAAAAUUUACAAGCCAAUCUGGGUUCCAACAAAAAAACAAGGUUGGAAAGAAGUACAUGUGCCAGUAUGGAAAAAAAUAUACAAACCAAUUUGGGUUCCAAUCUCUGUGCCAGCUUGGAAAGAAAUCCAAGUACCAGACUGGAAGAAAAUCUACAAGCCAAUAUGGGUCCCUAUAGAAGUCCCAGCAUGGAAAGAUAUUAAAGUUCCAGACUGGAAGAAGGUUUACAAACCAGUGUGGAAAAUCAUUAAAGUGCCAGCCUGGAAGGAAGAACAUGUACCAGAUUGGCAUAAGAUUUGGGUCCCAGAAUUAGUAAAAGCCUACGUUCCCGGAUCUAAACACCUGGGCAAAGACUAUCAUGGUUGGGAAUAUGAAGCACACGAUUUAUGGAAGAAAAAGGUAGUGUGGAAGGUACAUUGGAAGAAAGUCUGGAAGACUGUGAAAAAAGAAGUCUGGGUACCUGAGAAGAAAUUAGAAUGGAAAGAAGACUGGGUUCAAGUAUGGAAGCCAGCUAAAAAACAAAUUUGGGUUAAAGACAAGAAAUUACAAUGGAAAGAAGACUGGAAACAAAUAUGGCGCACUGAAAAGAAACAAAUCUGGGUGUCUGAUAAGAAAUUGCAAUGGAAAGAAGAUUGGAAACAGGAAUGGAAAACAGAAAAACACGAAAUAUGGAUUCCAGACAAAAAAUUAGAAUGGAAAGAAGACUGGAAACAAAUCUGGAUACCCGAUUGGAAAGAAAUUUGGCUUCCAGCAUGGAAGAAAAUCUGGAAACCAGUGUGGAUAUCUGAAUGGUUCCCAAUUGAAGAGCAUCACCAUCAUCAUCAUGAAGAGCACCACGACGCUCAUGAUGGAUAUAAGAAAAAAUGAAGACUGAUCCAUGUUUCACAUCAUCAACCUAUGUUGUGUAUAUAUGAAAACAUCAAUUUGUAAAUAUUGUUAUUAUAUAUUAUUAAGUUGUUAAAAUGUGUUUUUACUUUUAAAAUGUUAGCAUUUUAAGCCAAAUAAUACUACUUCUACCUAACUACUUUUGCUUUUUAUUCUCUUUUUAGAUUCAGUAAAACAAAAUGUAUAAAUAAUGAAUAUUUUUAAACUUAAGAAAAAUUAAAUCAAAACCUAAAUAUGCUGAAUAUUAAAAUCAUUUCAGUAAAAUGCUAAUAAAUAUAUAUUUAAAUAAAAUCAA